CGCCCGCCCGCCGCGUCCUGGCCAGGCUCCCCUCGGUCCCCCUCCGGGAAUGGGGCUGGAACGGCAAGUGCUGCUCGUGUGCCCGGCCCUGGAAGCCGGGGCCUGGGCUGUUCGUGAGCUCCGUCCGCGGGGGAAGGGAGGACGGGAGGGCUAGUCCUGCCCGUGGUUUGGAAGGGGCCGGGUAGACUAAUGCUUGUCUUUGGUCGCUUUCCUUUCCCAGUUCUGUCCUUCUCCAGGAGGGCCGGAUGGCCCCUGUAUUCCCGGCAACUCCAAGCUACAAAGUGAGUUCAGUUUGUUCUUUCGGGGAAUGAAUUAUACCUGAGUCCUCGAGGGGAAAAAACAUCUGUUUCUCAUCCGUGGCCUGGAACCUAAGAAAUGGGGCAUAUCUCGAUUGAGCCAGGCAUCAAAUCUCCUUGGGCUUUGGUUUCCUCGUUUGUAAUUGGAGGAACUGGACUAGCUGGUGUCCAAGGUACAAAAGGAUUCAGUAACAUUCAAGGAUGUGGCUGUGGAUUUUACCCAGGAAGAGUGGGAAAACCUGGAGCCUUCCCAAAAAGAUUUGUACAGGGAUGUGAUGCUGGAGAACUAUAGGAACCUUGUCUUCUUGGGACUUACACUUUGGAAACCAGAUGUGGUCUCUCAGUUGGAAGAAGGGGAAGCACCUUGGAUGCAGGACAGAGAACUACCAAAGAGCACCUAUCCAGGUUGGGAAACUAGGCCUGGAACCAAGGAUACAGUUCAGGAAAGAUUCAUAAAAGAUGGUUUUCACGACUCUAAAUUGGAAGAACCCUGGGAAUGUUAUGCUAGACAGGGACUGCAGCAAAACAAUGGGGAGAAAUAUUCUAGCUCAGACUUUACUCAACAGCAGACCCUGCAUACUGGAAAGAAACCUAACAGAUAUGGAAAUAAUUCCUGCAAUGGCUCACAUUUUACCCAACAUCAGAACCUAUAUACUAGACAGAAGCCUUAUGAAUGUCAUAUAUUUGGAACAGCAUUCCUCUCUAGCAAAUACAUUAACCACCAUCAGAGAAAUGAUAGUAAAGAAAAACCUUAUGAACAUAAAGACUGUGAGAAGGCCCUGAACAAGAGUUCACAAUUAACUGGUCAUCAGGGAAUUCUUACCGUAAAGGAGCCUUACAAAUGUAAUAUUUGUGGGAAGUCCUUCUGCCAGAGUUUACAGUUAACUGUACAUCAGAGAAUUCAUACUGGAGAGGAGCCUUACAAGUGUAAACUUUGUGGGAAGGUCUUCAGUAGGAGUUCACAGUUAAGUGGGCAUCAUAGAAUUCAUUCUGGAGAGGAGCCUUCCCAUAAAUGUAAUAUUUGUGGGAAAACUUUCCGAAAGAGUUCACAGUUAAUUCUACAUCAGAGAAUUCAUACUGGAGAGAAACCUUUCAAAUGUAAUUAUUGUGAGAAAGCCUUCCGCCGAAGUUCAAGGUUAACUCAGCAUCAGAGAAUUCAUACUGGUGAGAAACCUUAUGAAUGUAAAGAUUGUGGGAAGGCCUUCCACCAGAGUUCAGGGUUAACUCAACAUCAGAGAAUUCAUACUGGAGAGAAACCAUACAAAUGUAAUGAUUGCGGUAAAGCCUUCCGUCGGAGGUCAAAAUUAACUCAGCAUCAGAGAAUCCAUACUGGAGUGAAGCCUUAUGAAUGUAAAGACUGUGGAAAGGCCUUCCACCAGAGUUCAGGGUUAACUCAACAUCAGACAAUUCAUACUGGAGAAAAGCCUUUUAAAUGUAAUGAUUGUGGGAAGGUCUUCCGCCGGAGUUCAAAGUUAAUUCAACAUCAGAGGAUUCAUACUGGAGUGAAGCCUUAUGGAUGUAAAGAUUGUGGGAAGGCCUUCUACCAGCGUUCACAGUUAACUCUACAUCAUAGAAUUCAUACUGGAGAGAAGCCUUUUAAAUGUAAUGAUUGUGGGAAGGCCUUCCAUCAAAGUUCAGAGUUAACUGUCCAUCAGAGAAUUCAUACUGGAGAGAAGCCUUACAAAUGUAACAACUGUGGGAAGGCCUUUUGCCGAAGUUCUAAGCUAACUGCACAUCAGAAAAUUCACACUGGAGAGAAACCUUUUAAAUGUAAUUAUUGUGGAAAGGCCUUCCAUCAGAGUUCAGAAUUAACUGUACAUCUGAGAAUUCAUAAUGCAGAGAAGCCUUACAAAUGUAACCAUUGUGUAAAGGCCUUCCACCGUAAUUCAGAGUUAACUCGACAUCAGAGAAUUCAUACUGGAGAGAAGUCUUAUAAAUGUAAUGAUUGUGGAAAGGCCUACUACUGGAGUUCAGGGUUAAUUCGACACCAGAGAAUUCAUACAGGUGAGAAGCCUUAUGAAUGUAAAGAUUGUGGCAAGGCCUUUCAUGGGAGUUCACAUUUAAUUAGACAUCAGAGAAUUCAUACUGGAGAAAAGCCUUAUGAAUGCAAAGAUUGUGGGAAAGCCUUCAGUAUCAAAGUACACCUUACCCUGCAUCAGAGACUUCACUCUGGGGAGAAGCCUUAUAAAUGUUAUCAGUGCGGGAAGGGCUUCCACUGGAGCUCACAGUUAACUGUGCACCAGAGAAUUCACACUGGAGAGAAACCUUACAAAUGUACCAGUUGUGGAAAGGCCUUCCCUCAGAGUUCAGAAUUAACUCGACAUCAGAGAAUUCAUACUGGAGAGAAGCCUUACAAAUGCAGUGAUUGUGGGAAAGCAUACAUUCAGAAUUCAGAAUUAACUCGACAUCAGAGAAGUCAUACUGGAGAGAAACCUUACAAAUGUAGUGAUUGUGGGAAGGCCUUCACCAGGAAUUCAAAAUUAACUCGGCAUCAGAGAAUCCAUCUUUGAGAGCAGCCUUAUGAAUUUAACUAUUAUGGGUCAUAUCAAAAUAUACUUUACCAGACAUCAGAGACUUUAUGCUGAGAAGUCUUAUAUAUCAGAAAAUUCAUAAUGGAUAGAAACUUUACAAAUGUAUUUAUUGAAAAAAAUUGUAGAGUUCACACUUCAUUGAACAUCAAAGGAUUCAUACUGGAGAUUAACUAUAAAUGUAAUGAUUCUUGAAAGGCUUUUUGCUGCCUCCCAAUUUAUUCAACAUCUGAGAACUUAUAUGGUAGCAAAAUAUUCUAAAUGAUAAUAAUAUGGAAUGAUCUGCCUGGCUAGAAGAUCUUACUGAACAUCAGGAUUCAUAUGGUAGACUUACAAAUAUAUAAUUUUGGGAAGGUCUUCCAUUGGAGUUCAUCCUUUACUCAAUAUUAGAAUGCUUUUAAUGGAAAGAAGCCUUAUAAAUAUAACGAAUAUGAAAAGAACUUCCACCAAAGCUCACAGUUUAUUCAUCAUCAGAGACUGCAUAGUGAAGAGUAAUGCUUUAUAAAUGAAAUUAUUAUGGAAAGACGUCCCCUAACUACAGCUUAGCGAACAUCAGAAACAAUACCUUGGAGAGAGGCUCCAUUAAUGCAAUGAAAUUAUUGUAGGAAGGCUUUCCAUGAAAGCAUAACUGUGAUUCAGCAAUGAACUGUUCAUACUGGAGAAAACCCUCAUGAAGAUAAAACCUUGUGAAUGGAAGUUAACAUGAGAAAACUUUCAGCCAGAGUAUUUAAUUGAGCUAAGUUGAAUUUUGACUUAAUUAAGUCUUGACAAAAUCAGGGAUAACAAGAGGAAGAGAUUUAGGAGAAAAGGCCAUUCCAGGUGUAAUUAGUUCAAAGGAGAAGUGUCAUAUGUGAGGAAAAGCAAGUGGGCCAGUGCAAUAUCUAACCCUAACCCAAGUAGAUUAGGCUAGGUUUGGGUUUUUUUUUCCCCUAAAAGGCAAGGAAGCUGUCUCUAAGACUUAAUUGGCAUGGAGGGCUAAAGCUUAAACUGUCUAAUUAUUAAAAUAGUUCCAUGUAGGCCUCAAACCAUGUAGGGAUAGCCUCCUGUUUGCAGGACAGUGUGAUCCUGGACAAAUCAUUUAACCUCAACUUUCUCCUUUGUAAAAUGGGGAUAACAGUAGCACCUAUCUCACAGGGUUAUUGCAAGGAUAAAAUGCUGUAAUAGUCAUAAGGCAUUUAUUAGCAUAGUUCUCAGUAUGUAGUAGACAAUAAAUGCUUGUUUUCUUCCUAAAGGCAUAAAAAAUCCCACCUAUAUAGCAUCUGGUCCUUCAGACUCCUAAUGCCACUGAAGUCACCAUACCUUCUUCUCAUGACCUGACAUUUCCACAUGGAGAUAUAGGUUGCCUUGUUUUUACAAGACACGUGCAUUCUUAUUGAGCAUCUUUUCUAUGUUAUGGCUAAUUAAACAUUUUGUUAACUGUUGAA